GCUAGGGCAACGCGAUGGCUCCUCCAAGUAAAUGCUUCCUGAUCCUCUUGCUCGUCGCCUUCACCAAGAUCGCCAACACUGCGGCGAUCAGAGCCGAACCAUCGGCCACGGCUGCCGUUCCGUCACCGGCCAACGGUGUUGUUCUGCAUCCGGAGGCCGAGUACAGCAUCCCCGACCUGCCAGUCCCAGCGCUGCUUCCUUGCCCUCCGCUGUUCCCGAAGAUCCCGCUCAUCCCCUGCCACAAAGUGCCGCCGCCGCCGCCGGAGGUAACGGAGUGCCGGCCGUCGCUGGAGAAGCUGAUGCCGUGCGCGGGCUUCCUCACCGAUGGCAGCGUCUUCGCGCCUCCGCCCGAAUGCUGCGCCGCCUUCGAUCCGUUCUACGAGGAUGCAGCCGCGCUCACCUGCCUCUGCCACCUCACCGACGGCGACAUCGGCGAGCUCCUGCCGGCGCCCCUGAAUCGCAGGCGCAUUGUUCCCCUCCUGAUCGCGUGUGAUUUCCGGAUUAGACCGGAUACCUUUUCCGAUGUAUGCAACGCGUUGAGUAAGUCGUGUGACUAAGCUUCUGCAACAUCUUCAUUAUCCAGAUAAUG